AUGGCUUGCUCCAUUGUCCAGUUCUGCUACUUCCAGGACCUCCAGGCCGCCCGGGACUUCCUCUUCCCUCAUCUGCGGGAGGAGACCCCCAGCGGCGCCGUGCGGAGGGACCCCAGUAAAUCAGACUGGGAAGAUGAUGGUUGGGGAGCAUGGGAAGAGACGGAACCCCAAGAACCUUUUUACCCACAGGAAGAAGAAGGAAAUACUUGCAAAACACAAAAAACGUCCUGGCUACAAGAUUGUGUUUUAUCCUUAUCUCCAACCAAUGAUCUUAUGGUUAUAGCUCGAGGGCAAAAAGCUGUUUUUCUAGUGCCAAAAUGGAAAUACAGCGAUAAAGGAAAGGAAGAAAUGCAAUUUGCUGUUGGCUGGAGUGGUUCUUUAAAUGUCGAAGAAGGAGAACAUGUAACCAGUGCUCUGUGUAUCCCACUAGCAAGCCAAAAGAGGAGUUCCACAGGGCGUCCUGACUGGACCUGCAUCGUGGUGGGCUUUACUUCAGGUUACGUGCGCUUCUACACUGAGAGUGGUGUGCUCUUGCUUGCACAACUUUUGAAUGAAGACCCAGUCCUACAGCUGAAGUGCAGGACCUAUGAAAUCCCACGACACCCUGGCGUGACCGAACAGAAUGAAGAGUUGAGUAUAUUAUAUCCGGUUGCCAUUGUGACUAUUGAUGGAUUUAGCCUUUUUCAGUCUCUUCGUGCUUGUCGAAAUCAGGUAGCAAAAGCUGCAGCAUCUGGCAAUGAGAACAUACAGCCCCCACCGUUAGCUUAUAAGAAAUGGGGUCUCCAAGAUAUUGACACUAUUAUUGAUCAUGCUAGUAUUGGUAUUAUGACUCUGUCCCCUUUCGACCAAAUGAAGACUGCCUCCAACAUAGGGGGAUUUAACGCAGCAAUUAAAAACAGUCCACCCGCCAUGUCGCAGUACAUCACUGUCGGGUCCAAUCCAUUUACUGGCUUCUUCUAUGCGCUAGAGGGGAGCACCCAACCGUUACUGUCUCACGUGGCGCUGGCGGUCGCAAGUAAACUCACUUCUGCUUUAUUUAACGCUGCCAGUGGCUGGCUUGGUUGGAAAAGCAAGCACGAAGAAGAAGCCGUGCAGAAGCAGAAGCCAAAGGUCGAGCCGGCCACCCCGUUGGCUGUCAGAUUUGGACUUCCAGAUUCUAGACGCCAUGGUGAAAGUAUAUGUCUGUCUCCGUGUAACACACUGGCAGCAGUAACAGAUGAUUUUGGCAGAGUAAUUUUAUUGGAUGUGGCUAGAGGAAUUGCGAUACGCAUGUGGAAAGGGUAUCGAGAUGCACAGAUCGGUUGGAUCCAAAUCAUAGAGGACCUCCACGAAAGAGUACCAGAAAAGGCAGAUCUUUCCCCUUUUGGAAAUACUCAGGGUCCAAGCCGAGUAGCUCAGUUCCUUGUGAUCUAUGCACCAAGAAGGGGAAUCUUAGAAGUGUGGAGCACACAGCAGGGACCUAGAGUGGGAGCCUUCAACGUGGGAAAGCACUGCAGGCUUCUGUAUCCUGGCUACAAAAUAAUGGGCUUAAAUAAUGUUACCAGUCAGAGUUGGCAGCCGCAGACUUACCAGAUCUGCCUUGUUGAUCCAGUGUCUGGAAGUGUGAAAACAGUCAGUGUUCCUUUCCAUUUAGCGCUGAGCGACAAGAAGUGUGAGCGAGCCAAGGACAUGCACCUAGUCAAGAAGCUGGCCGCCCUGCUGAAAACAAGACCUCCCCACCUCGAUUUGGUUGAAACACAAAUGAAGGAACUAAUUCUUGAUAUUAAGUACCCUGCAACCAAGAAACAAGCUUUGGAGAGCAUUUUGGCAAGUGAACGAUUACCAUUUUCCUGCCUUAGAAACAUCACUCAGACUCUAAUGGAUACUUUAAAAAAUCAAGAGCUUGAGUCUGUUGACGAAGGAUUGCUACAGUUUUGUGCCAAUAAACUGAAAUUACUCCAUCUUUAUGAGUCUGUCAGUCAGUUAAAUUCCGUUGAUUUUCAUUCAGAUACACCAUUCUCGGAUAAUGACUUGGCUGUGUUACUGAGGCUCGAUGAAAAAGAACUGCUUAAGCUCCUGGCAUUACUAGAGAAGUACAAAGAGGAAAAAACCAGGACUGCUACAGUCCGAUUUUCUGAUGAUAAGGAUGGUGUGUUACCCGUGAAAACAUUCCUGGAAUAUUUAGAGUGUGAGAAAGAUGUGGUCAACGUAAAGAAGAUAAGUGAAGAGGAGUAUGUGGCUUUAGGCAGUUUCUUUUUUUGGAAGUGUUUGCAUGGAGAAAGCUCUACCGAGGACAUGUGUCACACUCUGGAGUCAGCCGGACUGAGUCCUCAGCUGUUGUUGUCUCUGCUCCUGAGUGUGUGGCUUUCUAAGGAAAAAGAUAUUUUGGAUAAGCCGCAGUCUGUGUGCUGUCUCCACACGAUGCUGUCCCUUCUGAGCAAGAUGAAAGUGGCCAUCGAUGAGACCUGGGAUUCCCAGUCUGUGUCCCCGUGGUGGCAACAGAUGCGCACGGCUUGUAUUCAGUCUGAGAACAACGGAGCUGCUCUGUUGUCUGCACACGUUGGCCAUUCCAUUGCUGCACAGAUCUCAAACAGUAUGACUGAGAAAAAAUUUUCCCAAACAGUGUCGGGUGCUGAUUCUGAGGCCCUCACCGAUUCCUGGGAGGCCCUUUCUCUUGACAUGGAAUACUGGAAGCUCCUGCUGAAACAGCUGGAAGACUGCCUCAUCCUUCAGACUCUGCUUCACAGCAGAGCAAACACGCCAGCCUCCAAAGUGUCAUCGCUGCAGGCUGAGCCACUCCCGAGGCUGUCUGUCAAAAAGUUACUGGAAGGAGGAAAGGGUGGCAUUGCAGACAGUGUAGCCAAGUGGAUAUUUAAACAGGACUUCAGCCCUGAAGUGCUAAAACUGGCUAGUAAGGAAAGAGAUGCCGAAAACCCAGAUGAACCCAAAGAAGGCAUGAACAGAGGUUUACUUGAAGCGGCAGAGGUGGAGAUGACCCUAGGAGCCAUACCAGACUUGCUGCAUUUAGCCUAUAAGCAGUUUCCAUGCAGCCUUGAGCUGGACGUGCUGCACGCCCACUGCUGUUGGGAGUAUGUCGUUCAGUGGAAUAAAGACCCGGAGGAAGCACGUUUUUUUGUUAGGUCAAUAGAACACUUGAAGCACAUUCUUAAUGCGCACGUUCAGAAUGGCAUUGCUCUCAUGAUGUGGAAUACAUUCUUGGUGAAAAGGUUUUCUGCUGCUACGUACUUGAUGGAUAAGGUUGGCAAAUCACCAAAGGACAGGCUAUGUCGAAGGGAUGUGGGGAUGAGUGACACAGCAAUGACCUCCUUUCUUGGCUCCUGCUUGGAUCUUCUUCAGACUUUAAUGGAGGCCGACGUGAGCCGGGACGAGAUGCAGGCGCCUGUCCUGGACACGGAAGACGCGUGGCUCAUGGUCGAGGGACCAAUCUCCAUCGUGGAGCUGGCGCUGGAGCAGAAGCACGUCCACUACCCGCUGGUGGAGCACCACUCCGUCCUCUGCUCCGUGCUCUAUGCCAUCAUGAGGUUUUCUCUGAAGACCGUGAAGCCACUGUCACUCUUCGAUAGUAAGGGGAAAAAUGCAUUCUUCAAAGACCUAACUUCGAUUCAGUUAUUACCUAGUGGGGAAAUGGAUCCAAAUUUUAUUUCUGUGCGACAACAGUUCUUACUGAAAGUCGCUAGCGCGGCCGUCCAGGCCCAGCACUCAGUCGCGAAGGACCGAGAGUCCUCGGAAGAGGCACCGACCACUCCUUUCGGGAAAGACCACGACUGGCCAGUGCUGGCUGUGGAUUUGGCGCAUCACCUUCAAGUUAGUGAAGAUGUGGUUCGAAGGCAUUACGUGGGGGAGCUCUACAACUACGGAGCGGACCACCUGGGAGAGGAGGCCAUUCUCCAGGUUCAGGACAAGGAGGUCCUUGCCUCGCAGCUGCUGGUGUUAACAGGGCAGAGACUAGCUCACGCGCUCCUCCACACCCAGACCAGAGAAGGAAUGGAGCUACUGGCCAGACUGCCGCCCACGCUCUGCACUUGGCUGAGAGCCAUGAACCCCCAGGAUCUUCAAAACACAGAAGUGCCAAUUGCAACGACAGCUAAACUAGUAAAUAAAGUCAUUGAGCUUUUACCAGAAAACCAUGGGCAGUACAGUUUAGCCUUACACCUCAUUGAAGCGGUGGAAGCCAUAUCUCUUCCUUCUUUAUGACACUUACCUACUGAAAAUGGUCCCAAAUUGUGUGACUAGAACAUGAAUUAGUGCAUGUAAUUUUACAUAGUAAGAUCUGGAAUUUUAUGAAGGGAGUAGGUCUUUUUUCUUUUGUAAAAUAAAUACAAAUACAUACUACUUUUUAAAAGUGCAGUCCUGGCUAAAUUCCACUCCUUUGGUUAAUACUGAAGAUAAAAUAUAACUGAAUAUCAACUAUACCAUAUUACUAACACAGAUGUUUUACUGUUUAUUUCUAAUUUAAGCACUUAAAUAGCUUUAUGGGUAAACUUUGCUAUUUCAAAUGGGUUAUAAUUUACAGAUUAUGUUCUUAUUAUCAGAUUCUAUAUUUCGUACUCAAAAUGUUAUUGUAAUUAAAUUUAAGCGUGUUCAUGUAUAGUCCCCUGUCAGUAAAAUUUGAGGAACACCCCACUGGCUUUUGUUAGCAUGCUUAAAUCCCGGAGCUCUGCACGAGGACAGGUUCUUUCCCCGAGGUUAUGCUGCCACCACCGGAGGACGAUGACCUUGCUUUUGAGGAGGAACGGGUUCGAGAUCCUCAUAUUCAUCAGAAGGGACACUGAACAACAUUAGAACCCUUAACCUGUUGUCCUUGCCAAAACUGAGAAUCUGAGACGCAAGCAACACAGCAAAAUUAAUUACGAUGUAAGUUAAGAUUUACUUUUUGCCAAGAUUCAAAGUUGUAUCCACAUCAGGUCAUUGUAAAAAUGUAUUAUCUUGUAAAAUUUAUGUUUUAAAAAAAAGGGCAAAGAUGCUUAAAAAAAUUUAAGUCCAAUUUAUUUUUCCUAUAAGUGUUUAGAAAGGUCUGCUUCUGGGAUAUGGUAACAUUAUCUGUUCUUGGGAACAGUACAGAAAAGGCCUAGUGAUAUUACAGCUUUGCAAACCUACCUCACAGCUGGGUUGAGAGAAUAAAAUACACCUAAUUUUGUACCCUAGAGUGCCUCGAGCAGUCCAAGUGCUGAAUAAUUAUUUGUUGAUUAAAACCAGGUUAACCAAAACUCUGUAAAAAGUGCUUUGAGCUCUACAAAUACCAAGUCUUUAUUAGGGUAGAUCUUUGGAAUGUAGCCAUAGAGUGCAAUUACUGAUCUCUGUCACGGAUCACAAUUGUUAUUCGUAGUAACUCAUUGUGAUACGGAAGUGUGUUGUUUCACUUACGUUUAGGAAGCCAGCGUUAGUAACUGUACAAAGUUGACGAGUAUGCCCCUCGAGGUUAUAAAGAAAAAAGUCUCACAUUUGAGGAUAUCCCAGUGUAAAUUCUUUUUAAUUAAAAGAUCACACCCAAAUAAGAACUAAACUGUCUAAAACUUAGUAAUUAUUGUUUAAUUUAAAAAUCUUGAAAGAUAAAGUUUAAAGAUGUCUUGGAUAUCUGGGUGAGGGCCUCUACGUCUGACCGAGGCUCACGCCGUGUACAGUAGCAGCACCAAAAAGGACCUUAGCUCGUCCAGCUUCUCCGCCUCUGCCGGGAUCUCCGCUGGCCCGUCCAGACACAGUCCUGUGAGUCCUUGUAAACCUAUCGAGCUUUAUCUAGUCACCUGUUACAUGCAUUCUAAAACAUUUGUUCUUCCUGUGAUUUUUCUAAGUACUCUGAAAGUAGUUAUGAAUUUUGGAGGCUGGUCAAAGAAACUUUACAUCCUCACUUUGAUUCUGUUAACACUUUUGAGGGAAGGGGAGUACCCGAUAAACACGUUAGAUAAUAAAGCUGCUUGAACUUAUUCUCGUAGGACACUCAGAUCUGGGGAUUGUAGAGAAUAGUAAUAAGCUGAACUAUGGUUCGUGGGACCGUAACAGAUCACUGAAUUACAAAUCUGUAAUUACAUUUGUAAUCCUAAAGUUUACCAUUCAAAGAAUUUUAAAAUUGAAUUCUGAGUUAUAUGGUUAAGAAAACCAGUUAAAUAUUCUGUGAUUUCAUCAAGGGCUUUUAAAAUAAAUCUGAGAGAAGAAAAGAAAAUAAAUACCUAUGUAAACAUUCUGUAACAACAAAGAACCACAAAUAAAGGAAUUAGAGUGUAUGUAGGAUGGGUGAUUUCUGAAACAAAGGUAUGUUGCACUUUCUGAUGGGAAGCCACUAACAGUGUUUUCCUAGCGAGAACUCCCCCCAACACACACCUUUCUUUGUUAACAUUAAACAGGUAUCUGUACCUUGUUAAAUUUCACUGUAUAAUGCUGAAGGAAGACAGAAGUGUUCAAAUAAUUGUAACUUCUACAUUAUAGAUUAUGUUUAGAUGUAGAACUAGAAGAGCCAGAUAAACGUAGGUGAACAGGAACAUAGCACCGACCUUCUAAAUGCUUCAUACUUUUGCUAAGAGAAAAAAUAAGAAGUGGAGAGAGUUUUUCCUUUGUUAUAAAUUAUAAAACCUCAUCUAAGGUCAAAGUAAGCACUGUUACAUUUAAACUGCUUUCCUUUAAGUGGUUAAUUGCAACUUAAAAUCAAAGAAAACAGAUUUACUUUUAAGUUUACAUGGAAUAUAAUUUUCACUUACAAGUUGCUGUGGUUCAUUCAUUUAUAAGAGACAAAUCUUUUAAAGUACUCCAUAGCAACAGUGAAAGCCUUCCCUCACCCUGACAGGAAUGAAUUUGUUGGGCUUCUAAAAGUUAGAGUUCUGCUGAAUAGAAUUAGCUGUCCCUAGAAAGGUUUUAAUCCAAUACUGAAUUGUUUAUAAAAUGCUGUUAUCUAUUGUAAUGUACUGUAAGUAGUGACAUUCUGUACAUACUUCUAUUUUCUGUGUCCAUUGUUGUGAACUUAUGUAUAUUAGUGAAAUAAAUUUUCAGCUUUCAUGUUGUUUCAACAUUCAUAAA